AUGGCCACUGGCCGUCUUGAGAUGGACCAUGAAGUAGCUAAGAUCAUUCUUGAAUCCAUAUGGAAUGACGAAGAGCUGAUCCAUUUAGUGGAUUAUUACUUCAAUCAUUGCCUACAGAUAUUAGAUUUCUACACUUCCCUGAAGAAUUGCCUGAGGCGGGCCCACGAUAGCCAGUCUAGUAUUCGACUUGCACUUGUGCACUUUGAGGAAAAGAGAGGAGAGAAUGUGGGAGGGAAGAGGUAUCUCAGGACAUUGCAGGAGCUCCAGAGAUUCAGAGAAGCGGGCGACCCAUUCACGGAAGAGUUCUCUAAGCUCUUUCACUCGGUGUAUAAGCAGCAGGGAGAGAUGUCGCAGAAGUUGGAGGCUUGUAAGAUGAAGCUUGACAAGAAAGUUAAAUCUGCACAAACUUGGAGAUGGGUGACCAACGCCAUAUUUGUGACCGUCUUCGUGUCCGCUUUGAUCUUGUCAAUCGUUGCUGCUCUGCGAACUCCAAUAGGGACAGUUGCCAAGUGGUGCGAUUCUCGGUGGAAAAACUACCGAAGGGAACUAAAAGGGAAAAAGUUGUUGAUAGACCUAAUGAAUGAGGGAACUAAGAUGUCGAUUGAGGACUUGAAGACGAUUCGGUCGCUUGUGGGUAUGCUGGAAAUUGAGAUUGAGUCGAUCAUGCAAAAGGCCGACUUCACUCUUGGAGAAGAACAGGAAGAAGCGGUGAAGCUUGGAAUGUUGGAGAUCAGGAAAAGGGCGGAAGUUUUCAUGAAAACUGUCGAGGAUCUCAGUACACAAGCUGAUAAGAGUAGCCACGAGAUACAGAGGACGAGGACAGUGAUAUUGAAGAGGAUAAUUGGACAACCCACUCGUUAG